GGUGGCAUUGCUCAUGCGCAGUUUUUUGCUAGGGAAGAAAGGGGAAAAUGUCUCUGGCGAGCUUUUUACCGGCGCCGACCCAGCUGUCUCAAGACCAGCUGGAGGCAGAGGAGAGGCUCCGGGCCCAGAAGUCCUACUCCACUGCCCUGGUUUCGUCCCACAGAGAGCCCCCUCCUUACGGACACAGAAAAGGCUGGGUGCCCCGUUCACUCGAGGACUUUGGAGAUGGAGGAGCUUUCCCAGAGAUCCAUGUGGCCCAGUUUCCUCUGGAGAUGGGCAGGAAGAAGAAGACAUCCAAUGCUCUGGCAGUGCAGGUGGAUGCAGAAGGGAAGAUCAAAUAUGAUGCCAUCGCUAGACAAGGACAGGGCAAGGAUAAGGUGGUCUUCAGUAAAUACACAGACCUUCUUCCAAAGGAAGUUCUAAAUGAAGAUAGUUCAGAGCUACAGAGGCCUGAUGAGGAGGCCGUCAAAGAGCUUACAGAGAAGACUCGUGCUGCCCUGGAAAAGCAGGUGUCUCAGAAGAUUGCUGCUGCCAUGCCUGUAAGAGCUGCAGACAAACAGGCUCCUGCACAGUAUAUCAGAUACACUCCAUCCCAGCAGGGAGUAGCUUUUAACUCAGGGGCCAAACAGAGGGUGAUCCGUAUGGUGGAAAUGCAGAAAGACCCCAUGGAACCUCCACGUUUCAAGAUCAACAAGAAGAUUCCUCGUGGACCACCCUCUCCUCCUGCCCCUGUCAUGCAUUCUCCAAGCAGAAAGAUGACUGUCAAGGAGCAGCAGGAGUGGAAGAUUCCUCCAUGCAUCUCCAACUGGAAGAAUGCUAAGGGCUACACCAUUCCUCUUGAUAAACGUCUGGCAGCUGAUGGUAGAGGGCUGCAAACAGUUCACAUCAAUGAAAACUUUGCCAAGCUGGCUGAGGCACUCUACAUCGCUGAUAGAAAGGCCAGAGAGGCAGUGGAGAUGAGAGCCCAGGUAGAGAAGAAGAUGGCCCAGAAGGAGAAGGAGAAGAAAGAGGAGAAACUGAGGGAGCUGGCCCAAAUGGCUCGAGACCGGAGGGCAGGGAUCAAAACAGGUGGCGAGGACAGCGAGGCCAGGGAGCGUGACGAGAUCCGCCAUGACAGAAGGAAAGAGAGACAGCACGACAGGAACAUUUCCAGGGCUGCUCCCGAUAAGAGGUCCAAGCUGAGAGACCAGGAGAGAGACAUCAGCGAGCUCAUUGCCCUGGGCAUGCCCAACCCUCGUUCCUCCAGUGAGGCCCAGUACGACCAGAGACUCUUCAAUCAGAGCAAGGGUAUGGACAGUGGUUUUGCUGGCGGUGAGGACGAGACAUACAACGUGUACGACCAGCCAUUCCGCAGCGGCAGAGACAUGGCUUCAAACAUCUACAGGCCCAGCAAGAAUAUAGACAAGGACGCCUACGCAGAUGAUCUUGAUUCACUCAUGCACAACAGCCGGUUUGCUCCAGGCAAAGAGUUCUCCGGUGCUGACCAUGGGCAGAGGCGGGAAGGACCAGUCCAGUUUGAGGAGGAUCCCUUUGGUCUGGACAAGUUCUUGGAGGAGGCCAAGCAGCAUGGCGGCUCCAAGAGACCAUCCACCAGCAGCCGCUCAAAGGAUGACUACCACGACAAGAAACGCAGGAAGGAGUGAGAGCACACCGGCACAGAGUCCACUCAGGACAGUUGAUAGCAUGUUUGAGGAUGAGGAGCUAGUCUGCACCAUCUCAGUGCUCAAGAGGGGUUUUAAUAUAAUCAAGUCUCUAUCAGGAAUGAGUCUGAUUUGAUUUUUUUUUUUUUUUAUUUUGUGAAAGAUGCUCUUUAUCUUUCCUUUUUUUUGUUUUACAUUUUUUGUUUACUCAGCCCUGUACAGAACAUGUUGAGCGCUCUUGCUAGAUAUAACAUGAAUAAACAUGUUAAAUAAAAAGCAAGUAGAGCUGAAACAAUAGUUAUGUAUGAAAUCUGCCUCUGUGUCUGGAAACGUCUCCUUGUAUGGUGCAGCUGAUGUCAUUUCAGAUCUAGACGGUAAUAUUUGGUAAUAUCUGGGCCCAGGAAAUAUGUAGUUUUUAGACAUUAAGUGUUUUUUUUAUACGUGUAUACAGACCCAACCAGAAACUAAGCAGGAAGUGUUCGUAUUUACCUUUGUCUCAUUUGUCCCCACAUUUUCCCGUUUUGAGUUUUUGUCAGCUGUGUUUUAUUUAAGCCCCCAGUGUAUUUCUGAGCACAGUUACAGCCCGUAUUUGAUGGCGGAUAUGUACAGUGAUAUAAACUUAAUCUGUAAGAUGUAAAGCAAGUCAGCUUUAUAAUUCUUGUACAGUACUACCAAUGGAAUAAAUUUCAUAUAGUGUGUAA